CGGUCGGGCCGCGGAGGGGAAGCCGGCGGCGGCGGCGGCGGCGGAACGGGCGGAGGCUGCCGGUUUCGUAACCGUCGCUCCUCCUCGCUGGGUCGCGCGGGCUGCGAGGCCUGGGCUCGGGCCGCGCCGCGCGGGGCCGCUCGGAGUGCAGGCCGCCUGGGGGCGGGCGGGCUGGAGGCGCAGGUACGUGUGAAGAUUCCUUGGCGGUUUAGCGUGGAAACCAUUGAUCGCCUUGCCCUUGUUGCUUCUGUCUGUUCCGUGUUGGCAAGGGAGAGUGUCCAGAUGAGCAAGAUAGCGCAGCAGCACGGUGCCCCGGGAGUGAAUGGAAUAAGUGUCAUUCAUGCUCAGGCUCAUGCCAGUGGCUUGCAGCAGGUCCCUCAGCUGGUGCCCGCCGGCCCUGGAGGAGGCGGCAAAGCCGUGCCGCCCAGCAAGCAGAGCAAAAAGAGCUCCCCGAUGGAUCGGAACAGUGACGAGUACCGGCAGCGCCGAGAAAGGAAUAACAUGGCGGUCAAAAAGAGCCGCUUGAAAAGCAAGCAGAAGGCGCAGGACACCCUGCAGAGAGUGAACCAGCUCAAGGAAGAGAACGAACGGUUGGAAGCCAAGAUUAAGUUGCUGACUAAGGAGUUAAGCGUACUGAAGGACUUGUUUCUGGAGCAUGCACACAACCUCGCAGACAACGUGCAGCCCAGUAGCACUGAAAAUGCAACCACGACUUCUGAGAACACAGGACCGUAGGCCUCACCCCGCCCGCUCCCCCUCGUAGGGCUUGAACGUUUUGGGGUGUGAAUGCGCCACUCCUGUCCGGCCUCGGCGGCCCUGUGCUCUGUGAGCCAGGGGUCCCACGGAGGGCCUUCGUAGCAUCCGCACUGAAGAGUUGGCGAACUCACAUCAGCCUUGUCAUUGGAUACUCAGUUUUAAAGGACAGUAAUUUUUGUGGGGUUUUAAAAAAAACGCUCUAGGUAUAUGGUAAAAACAAAUUGACUCUGGAUCUCGAUGUUCUUAAUAAAUCUUUAUUUCCCAAGAAAUGUUUCUUUUUUAGGUUGGCAAAAGAACUGGGGGAACUGACAGGUCUUAAAAGAAGGUUCUCGGUUUUAAUGGGGCUGGUUAAUUGUAUUAAUGGUAGCUGAACGCCAUCUAUAUUAAUCUCUCUGUGAUUUUAGUCUAAAUUAUGUGUUAAUUCUUAGGGCUCUCAAAACCAAUCACUUUGUAAUUUUGGAGAAUUUCGUGUGUAGUGUAAACUGUGUUUUGGCAGAUCAGUACACGUUGGUGAACUGUGAUGAUUGGAGGCAGCAUGCAGUCAAUUAGCUUUAGACAAAUUUUUAAAAAUUGUUGAGGAAACAGAUUUAUUUUUAAACAGAAAAGAAAUGCAUAUUAGAAUUAUGCUUUUGAGCUACUGGGUUGGCAUUAAUUUUUUUCCUCGUAAGCACUAAAAUAAUUUGGAAGUUCAGAAAAACUUGGACAGCCAAUUUUUAGUUCCUGCAAUAGUAAAAUAAGCUUUCUGGAGUACUGUUUUGACUGCCAGUUUAGUAGAUAAAAAUCCUAACACAGUUUGACUACAAGCUACUGAUGAGGGUUAAAGUUUCUCCUAUGUACAGAUACCUGAAAUGGGUUCAUUUUUGUGAAAGGCAAAAUUUUCACAUGAAUUCAUUUUAGCUUUUGAUCUUAACCAGUUAAUGACUAGAAAAAUGUAUCAAUUUCAUGACAUCUCCCAAAAUUGCUGUUUAAAAAAACUUGAAAGUGUGAGGUUUUAACCUUUAAUUUAUUUUCCUUAAAACAUCUUUUCAUAUUGUUUUUGUGGCAUUUAUUUUUCUAGUUCGUGGGAUUUUCUUCCAGAUGUUUGUGCCAUUACUUCUGUUUAGUCAUUGUUCGUUUUUUUUCCCAACCAUAAAUUAUUUUAGAAAAAAAAAUACUCAGGAUAUCUUGUUGACAUUUUUGUUGAAAGUAAAAAAAAAUGGUAAUCACCAAGUUGGAAUUUUUAGAGUAUGGCUUUUUUAAAAAUCAAUUUUGAUUGUCUUUGUUGGCUUUAUUUUUUUUUUAAAGCACAAUUUAUAGCUCAAAUUUGUCUACUUCCGUGCGGUUUCUUUGUUGUGCCUGGGCUGUUCUGGGAAAAUCAAGUUACAUCGAAAACUGUGUGUGAACCAGGUGUCUCUUCUGAAUGAAGUUGGCCAUUUUUGACCAACUUGCUGUUUCAUACAAGGACCUGGUUCAGGUAACUAGGAUGUAACUUGGGCUGAACCUUCAGUUUGGUGUAAGAAAUCCUGUGUGUGCUCUCCCCAGCGGCAGGAACACCCCAGCACCUCAGCUCAGCAAAGCCAAGAUGCGCCCCUCUGUGUGUGACAGCCCAGCGGGGUGCCCUCCACGAGAUAUAGGACUCGCUCCUAGGGCCCACACCAGUCUCCUUGGGAGUCCUGAUCCACUCAUAAAGGUGAUGUUUUUAAUAACGAGGAUAUACGUCAAGACUCUUAGAGAAUCCUUAAUGACUAACCGAUGUAUAAUCUGACUGGAGCUUCAGUUGUGUCACCCGAAUGUUUUGAAGCACCUCUAGUUGAUGUUACAGACAUUUCAGUCUUUUAUUUACUUAAAGAAAAAAGUCAAAUUGAGGUUCCUGUGGAAUUUACAGUUCAAGUUAGGCAGAGUGACUUAACUCUCUUGGAAAAGAAGCGUUAGGGCAAUCGGUGGCAACUGCAUUUUUAGUUCACGGUUCAAAUCAGGAUGUAAGAUUGGCGUUUCAGGGGGGGAAAAAAAGGUUGAUUCAGACUCUCCUAUUACCUGUGCACAUCAAAGGUCUUGGCACGGUACCCCGCCAUGCCUAGAACAAAGAACGUGUGAGCCAUUAUCUCGAUCUCACUGAAAUGUUUUGGGAAUGGAAGAUUUUAGUUUAAUAGAUUCAUCAAUGUGAAACGGAGGGAAACCAGAUGUAGGGGGUGGGUAAGUGCAGCGCUUAGGGAAUCGUAACUGGGCUUUUGUAAUUUUUGGUCUGUAUGUUGUAUGGGAAUCCUGGGGAUGGAUGUCGCCCCAGGUCCUGCGGUUAGGAUUAGGCUUUAGGGUGGGCUGCCGUGUAGCUGUGUCUGUGUCUCACCUUGGGAGCAGUUAGCUAAUGCCCCGACCGACUGCCUGAGUGCUGAGACUCGGCUGAUUCUGACGUAAGCUUUCUGUAGAUAUAUAUCACUGGGUUUUUGAAAUUUACGUCAUUAUUGGGAAACUUGAAACUUUCAAAUUUACACGAAAAGGUAGAAGUAUGUGCAAUUUAUAAUUGAUUGAAAGGUGAUCGGAGCAGCUUUCUAAGUUAAUGGUCCCCCGUAGAGGCCUUGAGACUUCUUACCUAAACAGCCAGCCCUCAGUAGCACCUUUUGUUGCCUUCAAUUAAGAGCUUUUUGAUGCCUUUGAAAUAGGAAAGAUUUUUUUUUUGUUUGACAAAAGCUAGGAAGGAGAAAGUCCAUUCUAGAGCUGUUUGGUCUGCCUCAGGAAACACAUUCAUUUGUUCUUUCUGUUCCUGGCUUUCUUCAGUUUGUGAGAUUACUCUAUUUUUUUAAAUAUAAUUUUAUUUCUUUCAAUGAAUUUGAAAUAAAAACAAAAACACUUUGGAAUAA